AUCUCGCGAGAAUGCUUCUCCGCACGAAACCCGACUCACCCACCACUGCUCGUGUUGCUAUGACAACAACAACCGCGUUAACUCCGGCUUUGCUCUUCGAGUCUUGAAAACCGCAGGCUACAGGCGUGGUCAGCAGGAACAGAAGGAAGCAGGACGUCUGGUCCACUCAGAGAAAACUGGACUUAAAAGAGAAGAAGGUCGUGAAGCUGCCUGCUGAAAUGCUCGGAACAACCAGAAUAAAAGAAACUACCAAGACUAAGGAUUUUGUCAGUGCCUCAUCAGGCAUGGCUGAGUCGGUGUGCACCGAAGAUGCUUUUGCCAGAUUUGUAUCACUGGAGAACACCUACCAGCUGGAACCUUAUACACGAUUCGGUGUUCGUGCUGCCACUCUCAUACUGGAAGAUGUUCUCACCAGCUACCUCCUAGAAGAGAAAUACGAAGCUCAGCGAGCUGCAGAGCUGUCACUGACUAUGUGCACUGUGAUAAAAGAACGAGUGAAAGAACUCAGGAUCCCCAGAUUUAAAAUAGUAGUCCUGGUUUACAUCAGCCAGCCCAAAGAUCAGGGGAUGCAGAUCAGCAGCCGCUGCCUGUGGGAUGCAACCACCGACACCUUCACAUCUCACUCCUUCAGGAACAGCUCUCUGCUGGCUGUUGGAAGCAUCUACGCCGUGUACCAUGAGUGAUUCAUGGACAUGAAGGCACUGAUGAGAAGAAAGAAAUCGUUUUUUGUAAUUCUGUUCUUCUUUAUUUGUAGAUCUUUGUUUUAAAGUCAUUAAACAAAAAUUGAGAAUCA